UUGAAGGUUUUUGGAAAUAAGCAUCAAUGAUGGUUGAGCCAAACCUAACGGCCAUUGAAGCAGGAAGUAACCCUGAUGCUGUUAAGACUGAGAGCAGUGAGGAAUUUUGGGAAAGAACGGAGCAGAAGGACCUGGGUGAGGACGUGGCCAGCUCAAAUGUGCAGCUCCAGCGUUUCAGGCAGUUCCGCUACCAGGAGGCUGAGGGACCCCGAGAGAUCUGCAACCAGCUCCACAAUCUGUCCCGUCGGUGGCUGAAGCCGGAGCAACACACAAAAAAUGAAAUCGUGGACCUGGUGAUCCUGGAGCAGUUCCUGACCAUCCUGCCAGUGGAGAUGGCGAACUGGGUGAGAGAAUGCAGAGCGGAGACCAGUUCCCAGGCGGUGGCCCUGGCAGAAGGCUUCCUCCUGAGCCAGGCAGAGGGCCAGAGGCAGCAAGAGCAGCAGCAGCAGGUAAAGGCCCAAUUUCCAGAAGUGGGACCUGAUUUCCCUGCAGCAGAGGCGGCUCCAUCAUCAGGCACCUGGCAGAGCCCCCCACAAAGGGGGAUCAGGCCGGAGGGCGACGGACGUGCCUCCUUGCAGGGUAAGGAUCAAUUGGGGUAGUGGUGGCUCUAUUUCAACUUGGUCUCGCUCUCUGGGGAAUGUCAGAGUCCUUUUCUGUUCCCCUUGGAUUGUUCUACAGGGAGGAUGCUUGACUCCAACCUUUUCCACAAUUCAAAUUUUCAACACUUGGAGACUUUAUACCUGAAAACCAAACCGUUUGAUUUGUGGCCUAGAGCCCAAGUGGGGGAAUGCGCAUUUCCCUCCAAAUUAAGUGUCAAAACCCAAAUGAAAGAUAAGACAUCUUGCAACUAUCUCAGGUGUACUUAGACUUGCUGCAAUUCUCGGCAUUUGCCUGUAGGUUCAGUCCUGUUGGGUUGCAAGGGGCUUCCUUCCCAGGCGUUUAGGAUGG